AUGACUGAAAAACAGGACACUGAUAUUAUACAAGGGAUAAAUGUGUCAUCAUCAGAUUCUCACAGAUCACAAAAUGAGAUACGUGUGCCCGUUAUUUCGGCAAAUAUAGAUGAGUUACCGACUAUAUCAUCGCAUACAGUAACGCAGCAUGAUGAAGAAGAAAAGAAGAGAAGAACUAAACGUCGUAGAUUUGUACUCAUUCUCUCAGCCAUCUUAGUUGGAUGUGCUAUCCUGGCAACAACUAUAGCUGUACCCGUCGCUUUGCUCGUCAACAAAUCCUCAUCAGCUACCGUCACUGCGAAUAAUGCGCUACAGGCAUCACAAUCGAAUUUUACGACAACUGCAACAACCUUAUCUACAACGUCGGAAACAACCACAACAACAACUUCAGAAACCACCACUUCUGAAACAUCGACCACCUCUGAAACUACUACAACUACUGUUUCAGCCAUAACCACUACGAAAGUAUCACAAACAACUACACCCACUUCAGCAAACACCACAACAACGUCCGAAACAACCACCACUACGUCCGAUACGACCACUACAACUUCUGACACAACAACCACUACUUCUCAAACUAGUACCACAACAUCUGAAACAACUACUACGACGUCUGAAACCACCACAACCACCUCUCAAACUACAACGACGACUUCUGAGACCACUACCACAACCUCUGACACAACUAGUACGACAUCUGAAACCACUACUAGCACCUCUCAAACUACAACGACGACUUCUGACACUACUACCACAACAUCUGAAACAACUACUAGCACCUCUCAAACUACAACGACGACUUCUGAGACUACUUCCUCAACCUCUGAAACAACUACUACGACGUCUGAAACCACCACAACCACCUCUCAAACUACAACGACGACUUCUGAGACCACUACCACAACCUCUGACACAACUAGUACGACAUCUGAAACCACUACUAGCACCUCUCAAACUACAACGACGACUUCUGAGACUACUACCACAACAUCUGAAACAACUACAACAACGUCCGAUACAACCACUACAACUUCUGAGACAACAACAACCUCUGAGACAACUAGUACGGCAUCUGAAACCACCACAACCACCUCUCAAACUACAACGACAACAUCUGAGACCACUACCACAACCUCUGACACAACUAGUACGACAUCUGAAACCACUACUAGCACCUCUCAAACUACAACGACGACUUCUGACACUACUACCACAACAUCUGAAACAACCACAACAACGUCCGAUACAACCACUACAACUUCUGAGACAACAACAACCUCUGAGACAACUAGUACGGCAUCUGAAACCACCACAACCACCUCUCAAACUACAACGACAACAUCUGGGACCACUACCACAACAUCUAAAACGACCACCACUACGUCCGAUACGACCACUACAACUUCUGACACAACAACCACUACUUCUCAAACUAGUACCACAACAUCUGAAACAACUACAACAACGUCCGAUACAACCACUACAACUUCUGAGACAACAACAACCUCUCAAACAACUAGUACGACAUCUGAAACCACCACAACCACCUCCCAAACUACAACGACGACUUCUGAGACCACUAGCACUACAUCCGUAACUACAACGUCAACAACCACUAGCACUACAUCCGUAACUACAACGUCAACAACCACUAGCACUACAUCCGUAACUACAACGUCAACAACCACUAGCACAACAUCAGCAACAACAACCACGACAUCAGUGACGACAUCGUCAUCCAGCUCGAGUACUUCGACAACAUCAUCUACGUCCAGUACUUCCACAACGUCGAAAACGACUUCAACGAGUUCGACUUCGACAACAAGCACUACAACACCUACUUUGCCAACUGCUGUUAGCAGUUUAUCCUCAUUUUGUGGAUGUACAAAUUUUACACUAUCGUUAACAAAUAUCCUCUUCAAUACUACAGGUGCCAGUUACCAGUGGCAAUCGUCAAUAUCAGGACAAAAUAUUUGGUCAAAUGUUUCCGCAGUUAGUUCAACAGCAUCUUUUCCUGUGUCAUUUCAAGUGAAUGCAACAGAUUACAAGUGUCAAAUUAUUGUGCAAUUUCCAGCACUGAUGAUAUUUACAUCAACACUCGUGACAGUGACCAAUGCUUAUUGUGCUCCACUGGUGAUCUCCUGUAGUUCGGCUGAUACUAUGAAUGAUUUCAUUUUGAGAGGUGAAUCCGGUACUUUAAUCAAUGAUGUAGCAACAGGUUGUGCAGCAGGUGCCUAUGACAAUCGUACCUCCCAGACGAUUACAUUGUAUACUAAUCUAACAUAUGUUGCUUUGGUUUCAACUCAAUAUUCGUCCUUAGAAACCGUUGGGAUUUGGAUUGAUUUCAAUAAUAACUUUCUAUUUGAAUCGUUCGAAAGAGUAGCAUAUCAAUCGUUAAAUUCAACUUUGGACACACCGAUAACUAUAACGAUUCCAAGUAUUAGUUCAGGAGCUGUACUUGGUACUCAUCGGAUGAGAGCGCAAGUAGCAUAUAAUAGGAUACCAAAUCCUUGUGCUGCAUCUAUAACAUAUGGUGAAACGCAUGAUUAUACUGUAAAUAUUAUUCCUUAUACACCGACAAAUAUAACCUAUUCUCAGUUAUUUAUCAUGGGAGUUAAUCCAGUAAGUCAAUGUGCGGCAUGGGCAAAUUUUGUCGCUCAAUUAACUAUAAGACCAUAUAAUUUAUUAAUAUUAUCUGGUUCAAUGGAUCCAGUUGGAGUGAAAGUUCUUGAUCCUGUCGUCAUAGGUAACAUUGCUUUAGCUCUACAAACAUCCACAGCAUACGGACCAGUAUCAACAAAUUCGCGUUCAUGGGCCGUUGGUUCAUGUGGAAGUCCCUAUGAAUUGAGUGCAAGUGGGGCAGUAUGUUAUUGUGUAACAGGAUACAACAUAAGACCAUGCGUCGGUAAUGGAAAUUUCGGUGGCAUUAAUGGCUUAACUUGCAGCGCAGCGAAUCAAACGAUGACAGUGAUAUUUCAGUACUAA